GCUCUGAGGGCUGCAGGCUAGGAUUAUAAAGAAGGGCGUGUGUGGUAUGUGAGGUGUUGCCUGAAACCGGGCAUGACAGCAGCACAAUGCACCUGACCGGAGUCUCUGAGAGUCAUACCCCCUCAGCUUGAUAAACACCUGCUUUGAUUACAGGACACAGUCACAUCACGUCAUGGAGGGGAAGCUGCUGCUCGUGCUCCUGGUUCUAACAGCUGCAGGAAGCAACGCACAGAACACGUCAGAUGUUUGUGGCAUUGCACCGCUCAACACCAGGAUCGUAGGAGGCGUAAAUGCUCUACGAGGGUCGUGGCCCUGGCAGGUCAGUCUACACGACAGCAACGGACAUUUCUGUGGAGGCUCCCUGAUCAACAGCCAGUGGGUCCUGUGUGCUGCUCACUGCUUCUCCAGCACCAGCACGUCAGGUUUAACCGUUUAUCUCGGACGUGACAACCAACAACUCCUAAAUCCUAACGAGGUGUCCCGGUCGCUGUCUCAGAUCAUCAUAAAUCCAAACUAUGACCCUAACACAAACAACAAUGAUGUCUCCUUGUUGCGUCUGUCCUCUCCUGUUAACUUCACCAACUACAUCAGUCCGGUGUGUCUGGCGGCAGCUGGCAGCACGUACCCGGACGGGACGACCUGCUGGGUCACCGGAUGGGGAACCAUCUCAAGUAGCGGCAUUUCUCUUCCGUUCCCUCAGACGCUGCAGGAGGUCAGCGUUCCCCUUGUGUCCAACACGCAGUGUAACGCUGCUUACGGAUCAAUCACAAGCAACAUGAUCUGUGCCGGUCUACCCGCGGGAGGGAAGGACUCCUGCCAGGGGGACUCUGGCGGCCCGUUGGUGACUAAAAGCGGCUCUACGUGGGUCCAGGUCGGAGUGGUGAGUUUUGGAAAAGACUGUGCUCUGCCCAACUUCCCAGGAGUCUACGCCCGAGUGUCCCAGUACAACUCCUGGAUCAAGAACCAGAUCAACGGGGCAACAUCUGGAACCGCUCAUCUGGUUUCCCUCUCAGCUCCUCUGCUGCUGUCCUUCUUCCCUAUUCUCUUCUCUCUCUUUGUGCUUUCAUAGCAACGUCUAACGGUCGGGAUCACUGGAUCGCUGCCUUAUGAGCCUCUGAGAUUCAUUAUCUUUAUAAACAAGAAAACUCAAUCAUUUAUGUAAAAACUUGAUGUCUGCUGUUUAUUUUCUCUCUUAAGUGAUAAAUUGUUUUGUCUUUAAAAUGACAGAAAGUAGAGAAAAGGUCUAAUCUUUCGGAUUGUCUCAUCUUUUUCUUUCUUCUGCUACAACUUGUUUUGGAUUUGGCACAAAGACAUGGGAUUAUAUACAACGUUAUAACCUCUGUAUUACGGGAAGAUGUCUUGUUGUGUUUUCGGUUGGGGCUGCAACUAAAGAUUAUUUUCAUCAUCAAUCAA